UAUAAACCGCACGAGCUAUCGUUCAGUCAUCAGACACUUCACAGUCUACUCUUCAGUUUGGACGUAGUCUAUUGUCGAAGUUCAAUACAAAUUUUAACCAACAUGAAGAUUUACUUCAUCCUCGCUCUUCUCUUGGUCGCCGUAGCCGCCAUCAUGGCAGUGCCUGUUGAGGAGGAGUAUGAGCCUCUUGAACUGGAGCACGAGUUUGGUAUUGAAGAACGUGCGAACAGACAAAGAAGAGUGACCUGCGACCUUCUAUCCAUCAAAGGAGUCGCUGAGCAUAGUGCUUGUGCUGCCAACUGCCUCAGCAUGGGUAAAGCUGGAGGUCGCUGCGAGAACGGAGUCUGCCUUUGUCGCAAAACUACCUUCAAGGAACUCUGGGACAAACGUUUCAAUUAAGCUGAACUUUUCACUCCAAGAUUCAAUCGUGGUAUUUUCUACAAAUCAAAAAUCAGACAGAGAGGAUGUGACUAUUGUUAAAGAAUGAUAAAAUACUUAACUUAUAAGUUUAUAAUAAUAUAUAUAUUUCAUUCUUCAUCACUGAAAAUUCGGUAGAUCUUGGUUUACUAAAAUUUACCUUAUUUAAUAUAAAAUUGGACUAUUGAUUAUAAUAUAGUUCAGAAUAAACAAAAUUUUUAAUUGA